UUUUGUGGCAACGCACAGAUAACGUUGGUCAUUGAAAUGUGUCUAAGCAAUACAUAUAAAUCCCUAUUAUGUUAUCUUCCUAUAUAUGUUUCUUCAAACACCACAAUAAUUUCCUCAGAGAAACUUCAAACUUCAGAAGUACAGUAAUGGAGAAGAGAUAGAUAGAUAGAUAGAUAGAUAGAUAGAUAGAUAGAUUGAUUAAGCGCUGUCAAGUCGGAGCUAACUAUUAGCAACCCCAGAUAUAGAUUCCCUCCAGGAUGAUCUGUUUUCCACUUGGCCUUGAAGGUCUCUCAGUGGUGCAUUCAUGGCUGUCCUCAUAGAGUCCUUCCACCUUGCUGCUGGCCGUCCUCUUCUUCUCUUUCCUUCAACCUUCCCCAGCAUGAUGGACUUUUCAAGGGAGCCGGGUCUUCCCAUAAUGUGUCCAAAGUAGUAUAGUUUGAACCUGGUCAUUCGUGUCUCUAGUGAACAUUCUGGAUUGAUUUGUUUUAUCAUCCAUUGGUUUGUUUUCCUGGCUGUCCAUGGUCUCCUCAAAAGUCUUCUCCAACACCAAAGUUCAAAAGCUCAAUGCUUUUUCUAUCUUGCUUCUUCAGAGUCCAGCUUGUGCAUGCUUAGAGCAUCACGGGGAAAACCGUUGUCCAAAUGAUUCUAAUCUUAGUAGGCGUAGACACGUCACAACAUCUAAAUCUCCUUUCCAAGGCCUUCAUUGCAACCCUACCACGUGCUGGUCUGCGGCGUAUUUCUUGACUGCUGGAUCUUUGACUGUUGAUGGUCGAUCCUAAAAGGCAGAAGCUACCCACUAUACAACAAAUCAAUCCAGAAUUUUCACUCGAUGCACAAAUGACCAGGAUCAAACUAUCCUACUUCGGACACAUUAUGCGAAGACCCAGCUCCCUUGAGAAGUCUAUAAAACCACCCCUCCCCGCAAAAGGAGAAUUCAAGAAAGAACAGGAGGGUAUCCCCUGUGUGGUCGGCUUCCAUCCAGCUUCUCUGCGUGAUUACAAGGAGAUCAAGCUGUCCCUUGGUAGCCAACUCAUCAUGCCCUGCUAAAUCCACCACCAAGUCUCCUCUCACUGCCUUCUGACAGUCUCUUAAUCUGUGCAGAAGAUUUGUGAGAGCUGAAAUACAAUCACCCGUCAUCAAUCCAGGAUCACAUCACUGAAUCCACAGCUGUUGCAUUAUUGGCGACUUACCUUAGAGAAAUGGUCACUUUCAAAACCAGGUAAAGGAAAAGUGUGCCGUCGAGUCAGUGUCGACUCCUGGUGCCCACAGAGCCCUGUGGUUGUCUUCUCUUUGGUAGCAUACAGGAGGGGUUGACCAUGGCCAUCUCCCAUGCAGUAUGAGAUGAUGCCUUUCAGCAUCUUCCUAUAUCGAUGCUGCCCAAUAGAGGUGUUUCAUACCAGCGGGAAUUCGAACCGGCAACCUCUGGCUUGCUAGUCAAGGCAUUUCCCCGCUGUGCCCAAACUGGUAAAACCCUUUGAGAUAAAGCAGAACAAUCACUUGUAAGUCCAUCAAUGUAAUUUAGGUUACAGAAUGCAAGCACCCUAGGAUGGCAUAUUCAGUAAGCUGGAAAAACAACAGUAGCCCUUCAUACACAAUUGAUUUUUUAAAUUAAUUAAUUAAUUAAUUAAUUGAAUUUAUAAACGGUUUUUUCUUAAAAGGCUCAAAGCAGUGUACAAAAAUAGAAACCCAGUAAAACACCGUUAAAACAACCAAUUAAAGCCUGUAAUACAAAACAGCAAUAAAACACAAGCAACAUCACAGCCUAAAACUAAUAAACCGCAGUUUAAACACCAAUUUAGCUCAAAAAUGCAUGCCUCGUGCUGAAACAAGAAUGUUUUCACUCAAUGGGGAAAGAUGGCCAGUGAAGGAGUCUGACGAAGCUCCAAGGGGACAGCAUCACACAGCUUAGAAGCUUCUGCAAAAAAUCCCUGUCCUGGGUCACCACAGAACACACCUGUGAAAGAGGACCGAUUACCCAGAUGGUAAUCUGGCGAUUUAGAAACCAUAAGUCAGCAAUUGCAAAGAAAAAAAAGUCUGAACAAUUUGUUGCAAAACAUUUUAAUUCUGUAGUAGAGGUUUUGCCUUUCCCUAAGCAAGUACCUUGACAUACUUGCUUGAGACACCAGGAUUGAUUUGUCAAACUAUUUCUGGACAAUAUUUGAGUCUCCCUAUGUGCUCCUCUUGUCUGCUUGUGUCAGUCCUCGUGUUGAAAGGUACAGGUUAUGUGUGACUCCUGAACCGUGAAGCAGAGGGGCACCUAGGUAAUUUUGGAUCCUGGACCUAGAGGCCUUUGGAGCCCCCCCCCCCGAAAAUUAAGCAUCAUCAUGCUCCACCGGGCAACUACACCACCCGGGACAGACUAAAGAGGAUUUGAGGCCCCCAGGGGCUGUGGAGGCGCCAGACCUCGGCCCCGAAGUCCAGGGGUGAGCGGCUCUGCUCUGGAAGAACAAUGACAUCUCUAUUGUUUUCUGCCUGCACUUCCCUUUUUGCAGUGGAUAAUGCAAACCUUCUGCAUCUCUCUCGAUGCUCCACCCUGUUCUCUCUAGCAGUCUAGACUUCCUCUCUAGCUGUCUUUCAUUUUCAGCUGUCAGAGUGUCCUUAGCAAAGAAGCUGAGCUCUGCACAUCCUGUCAGAAGCAAGAACGUUGAACCCAGAGCUAGAGGAUUUCACUGGACGGGGACAUUCGACUGGAGAGACCCAAGACAGAAUGGUCAGUCAGAUUCUCUGGUCGUGUGUGAUGUGGACCCAGAGCUGUUGGAGAAACUGAAGAAAUUCCGAUUCCGGAAGGAGACGAAUAAUGCGGCUAUAAUGAUGAAAGUUGACAAAGACAAGCAAUUGGUGGUGCUAGAGGAAGAAUAUCAGGACAUCUCUCCAGAAGAGCUGAGAAGUGAGCUACCGGAGCGCCAGCCUCGAUUUGUGGUCUACAGCUAUAAAUAUGUCCAUGACGAUGGUCGGAUCUCUUACCCGUUCUGCUUCAUCUUCUCCAGCCCAGUCGGGUGCAAGCCAGAGCAGCAGAUGAUGUAUGCCGGGAGCAAGAACAGGCUGGUGCAGGCUGCGGAGCUCACCAAGGUAUUCCAGCUCAGGUCUUUGAGAUCCGGUCCACAGAGGAUAUGACGGAGCAGUGGCUGAGGGAACGCCUGGCCUUUUUCCGCUAGUGGAUGGCAUAAUCCUGGCGGGCUCCACCUUCAGUUACCUCCCCUCCCACAGCACGUCCUGCAGUCCCAUGUCCUGUCUUCACCAAGAGGGGUGUGCGCGCCAUAUCCAUGACCACCAGCAGCUUUCCCCCAGUGAAUGAAAGUAAAAUAAAAUGACUGGGAGUUUCUCCUCAGAAGCUGGUAGCAGCAUUGUGUACAGUUUUUGUUCAUUAGGCCUUGCAUUUUAAAAAAUUCAGUGAUUCUUAGAUGUGAAGUCAUUUUUGUCAUGAUUCUCUGAUGUGCCAUUUUGGCUUAAUCUUUAAAGAAACCAUUAAACUGAUUGACUGAU